AUGGACGGUACCCACGCUCAAGCAACCGCCAGCUCCUCCGCCAUGCCGGCAACACCUCUCCCUUCGCCUUUCGUUGAUCCAAUAACCCCCCUAGGGUCUACGCCCUAUAGUUCUAGACCUGGAUCAUUGCCGGGGUCUACUUCUGGCUUCUCCGCCCCGGGGUUGAAUGUUCCGCAGAGGUACUUUCAUUCCAGAAGAGUGAGGCCCGGAGAAGCGCAACAGCCUUGGAAGGGCAAGAAGGAUCCCAAGGAAAAGUGGGUCACUAUAAUCCCUUGCAUCGGUUUAGCUGUCGGGCUUGCAAUCGCGGGGUUUUUCGUCUGGCACGGAGUAAGCAGCGUUGUCAAUCACAAGUAUUGCCCUGUGCUCAUUGAGGAUUGGAGCAAUGGGUUUGACGAGAAAAUUUGGACGAAGGAAGUUGAAUGCGGUGGAUUCGGAAACGGACAAUUCGAUUACACUACCAACAGCGAGGAAAACUCCUACGUCAAGGGUGGCCAUCUACACAUUCGCCCAACCCUCCAGGAUGAGAAAUUGAUCACAACGGACAACGUCAUGAACCUCACAGAAAUGGGGAUUUGCACCUCUCCCCUUCUGAAGAACUGCGUCUCUGGAACAAAUAGUACUAACGGCACUAUCAUUAACCCCGUGAAAUCCGCACGCAUCAACUCGCGCAAAGGCGCCAAGAUAAAGUAUGGUCGAGUGGAAGUCAAGGCACGCUUCCCUGAGGGUAAAUGGCUCUGGCCGGCAAUCUGGAUGUUGCCAGUGGAAGAAAAGUAUGGGCCCUGGCCCGCCUCCGGGGAGAUGGACAUCGCGGAGAGUAGGGGAAAUGAUUGGAAAUACGCUCAGGGCGGAAACGACAUUAUCAGUUCCACGCUGCAUUGGGGCCCCGACCCUGCGAACGAUGCCUGGUGGAGGACGAAUGUUAAGCAUAGGGCUUCGCACACUAGCUACUCCUCCUCUUUCCAUACUUUUGGGAUUGAGUGGAGCGAGAAGUACAUCUUUACGUAUGUCGACUCCCGGCUUUUACAGGUCCUCUACACGAACUUUCAAACGAGGCUCUGGGAUCGUGGGAACUUUCCGCUGGCGAGUGAGAAUGGCACGAGAUAUAUAGACCCCUGGUCACAGACCGGGCGCGAGAACACUCCAUUCGAUCAGGAGUUCUACCUCAUCAUCAGCCUCGGGGUCGGGGCUACUAGCGGUUGGUUCGAAAACGGAAAGGACAAGAAACCCUGGGUUGACGGGAGCCCCACCGCGGUAAAGGACUUCUGGGACGCUAGAGACGAGUGGAAAAAGACAUGGAAGAACGACGGAGAAAUGGUGAUUGAGAGCGUGAAAAUGUGGCAGCAAUGUGAUUGA